GGAGCUCUGCGGAGGCGGGGCUUCGGUGACGUGGUGGUCGCCGCCGAACCUGCCGGUCUGCGAGGAUGGCCGGGAGGGGGAAGCUGAUUGCGGUGAUCGGAGACGAAGACACGGUGACCGGCUUCCUGCUGGGCGGUAUAGGGGAGCUUAACAAGAACCGCCACCCUAAUUUCCUGGUGGUGGAGAAGGAUACUACCAUCAAUGAGAUCGAAGACACUUUCCGGCAGUUUCUAAACCGGGAUGACAUCGGCAUCAUCCUCAUCAACCAGUACAUUGCAGAGAUGGUACGGCACGCGCUUGAUGCCCACCAGCGCUCCAUUCCAGCCGUUCUGGAGAUCCCGUCCAAGGAGCACCCAUACGAUGCCGCCAAGGACUCCAUCCUGCGCAGGGCCAAGGGCAUGUUCACGGCCGAAGACCUGCGCUAGAGGACUCGUCCCAUCCCCGCUGCCUCUCCCCAGGCUUGCCAUCAGCCCCUCUCUAAGUUCUGAGCCUCUGAUUUCCAAUUCCCUGCCCUUUCCCACUCCUAGAGGCUAGAUGAGGUGCUUCCAGGUUGCUGGAGCUCUGCCAUUAAAAUCAAGGCUGGUUAGGGAACAGGAAGCCUGAGUGUCUUCUCUCUCCACUACCUCUUUCCUGUGCUGUUACAAUGUCAUUGUUGAUGUUAAAUUAAAGUAACAUUCUUCUCUCCAAA